UGCUCAAGCAGAAUGACCAAAAUGGCGGACGGGGGAGUUUCACGUUUACCUCCUCUGUCUUUUUUGGAUUCAAAUAUAGCUACAAAUACCUCGAAAUAAUUUUGUUCUAAAGCCCACGACACGGAAGUUGAGUUUGGAGCCAUGGAGUGUGACCUGAAGUGAAGAUUGAAGACGUGAUAGAAGAUGGACGACUACUGCUAUGCUAAGAUGGCGACGUCAUGUCAAAGAGAACAUGGAAGACAAUCAGAAACUUCCAGCAAAUCACCGACGGAGAUAAAGACCAAAGCUGCAGAUGAAGUGUGUGAAGAGAAGACUGGACCACAUGUCUACAACAACCUGCAGAGGAUUGGAGACGUCCAGCAGCUGUUUGGUCAUCCAGAAGAACUUCCCCCUCAGCUGCAGGGAGGGAGCUCUACUCUGAAGCAGGAGGCUCCUCAGCCCCCCCACGUUAAAGAGGAAGAGGAGGAACUCUGGAUCACUCAGGAGGGAGGCUGUCUUCUAGGACUGGAUGAAACUGAUCUCACCAAAUUGCCACUGACUAUUGUCUCUGUGAAGACUGAAGAUGAUGAAGAGAAACCACAAGUAGACAACCUCUUAGCUCCACUAUCAGAUAGUGAGGCUGAAGACGAGGUUGAAGUAUCUUUGAGCGGCGAUACAGACUGUGAAGGUGAUAUGAGGACUAACGCUGACAACAAACACUCUGAAUGCUCUCAAGAGAGGACAGGUAAAAAAUGUUUGAGUUGCUCAGUUUGUGGUAAAAGCUUUUUUAAAAAGAACACUUUGACUAAGCACAUGAGAAGACACACAGGAGAAAAAACAUUUACUUGCUCAGUUUGUGGUAAAAGAUUCCUUCAUAAUGCAGACAUGGUCAUACACAUGAGAACGCACACGGGAGAAAAACCAUUCAGCUGUUCAGUUUGUGGCAAAAGCUUUUCGCAGAGUGGCACUUUGAUUCAUCACAUGAAAACACACACAGGGAAAAAACCGUUCAGCUGCUCAGUUUGUGCUAAAAGCUUUUCUCUCAAAUGCAAUUUGGCUAAACACAUGAGAACGCACACAGGAGAAAAACCCUUUGCAUGUUCAGUUUGCGGUCAAAGCUUCACUCAAGAAGGAAAUUUGGCGAAACACAUGAGAAGGCACACCGGGGAAAAACCAUUUAGUUGUUCAGUUUGCAGCAAAAGCUUUACUCGAAAAGGCAGUGUGACUGACCACAUGAGAACACACACGGGUGAAAAACUAUUCAAUUGUUCAGUAUGCGGCAAAUGCUUUUCUCAAAAAAAAUGUUUGACUAAACACAUGAAAGCACACACAGAAUAAAAAAAAAAACAUUUAGCUGUUCAGUUUGUGGUUAAAAAAGCUUUACUCAGAAGGGCAGUUGAACUGAACACAUGAAAAUGCACAGAGGUUAGUUGCUGAGUUUGUGUUAACAGAUUUACUCACAAGCAUGUCUGUGGAUAUUUUCAUUCAGCUAGGUCACAACGAGUGUGUUGGAAGGAUAGAUUGAUGGGGUUCGUCAUGUUUAAAGAGGAACAUUAUCAGCAGACCUAUGUAAGCGUCAAUAUAUACCUUGAUGGUGCAGAAAAAAGACCAUCUAUUUUUUUAACCGAUUUCCGAACUCUAAAUGGGUGAAUUUUGGCGAAUUAAACGCCUUUCUGUUUAUCGCGCUGGAGGCGAUGACGUCAGAAUGUGACAUCGCCGAGGUAACACACCCACCAUUUUCAUUUUCAACACAUUACAAACACCGGGUCUCAGCUCUGUUAUUUUCCAUUUUUUUGACUAUUUUUUGGAACCUUGGAGACAUCAUGCGAAAUGUUGUCGGAGGGUGUAACAACACUAACAGGGAGGGAUUCAAGUUGCACCACUGGCCCCAAGAUGCCAAAGUGUCUGCCGCCAGACCCCCAUUGAAUGUGCCAGAGUGUCUCCACAUUUUACCGGCGAUGCUAAGG